AUGGACAGUCGCCCAAAGCCCUCGGUCGGGAAGCACUCCGCGCAGUCGGCACCGGAGAUGGUCCGCUCGACCCCUACCCGCUCGUCGCCUCUUCAUUCGUCCCCGCUCACGAAGGUGGUCUCUCUCCCCGGCGUCCCUACCAUCGAUCUCGGAGAUGAUGCCCCCGAGUCGUCCAAUGCGCCCACCGAUCUUCUCGACGGGUCGGGGCCGUCAAUCAGCCCCCUGCGCGACUCUAUCUUCACCUGGCGGGUGCGUUCCCAUCGAUCGGAGACCCCGCCGGACGGCGUGCCCCAGAGCUGGUGGCAUGCACACGAGGUGGAUGCGAGACCGUGGUCAGACGUCGAGAAGCGUACCAAGUCAGUGCCGCCGGAGCAGGCAGAGGGAUGGCAAAGGACACGCAAGCGCGUCGCCGAGGCUGUCGUCAACGUGCUCGGGGUCGCUGAGGAUGUCGGACACGAGGCUCUCGUCAUCAGCUCCGAGCUGCUCGAGUUUGCGCCUCUGCCAGGCCUCCGAGUAGCGGCGCUCGCGCUGCUCGACAUCUGGGAAGCUCUGCAGAUGGUCGACGUGAAUAGAAUGGCGUGUCUGCGCUUGACCGAGCGCUGUGCAACCAUUCUGUACUCGGUCCGGGAAGAAAUCGCUGAGGCGGGCGACCACGUCGGCGAAGAACUGCUCUACCCGAUUCAGCGCCUAGUCGAAUCAUUCACACAGGUCCACCGCUUCCUCCAGAAGCAGAAUCACCGCCCGUUCAUCAAGCGCUACCUCAAGCGCGAUGAGAUCCAAAGGCACAUCGGGGUCUGCGACAGUGCCCUCACCGAUGCGCUCGGCAUGUUCAGCCUGUCAAUACAAAUUCGGAUCCUGAAGCAAGUAUUGCAAGCGGAACAGCAGAGACAAAUCGACACUGCCGCACUCUUGGACGAGCUGCACGGGCGGCACGAGGAGCCUCGCGGAGUCCCCACCGCCCCAUCAACACCCUCCAGCUCGCGGGCGCAGACGAGCCGCACGUCGUCGACGCCACACCAUCGCAUCCGCACGACGCUCAGCUCGGUCACGCUCCGCCAGAACGAGCACGACCUCGCGCGAGACACGGCGGACUUCCGGCAGCUCAUGCGCAGCGCGCUCCAGGCGAACAGCGACGUCGAGAUGAUCCGCAUCCUGCAGGUCGGCCGCGACGAGAUGCCCGAGGCGAUCAAGGCGCUGCAGCGUGCGCUCGAGAGCGAGGUGGAGCGCGAGAACGCCGCGGCGGACCAGGAGGACACGGUGCUCGUCGCGUCGAUCAGCUCUACGGCGGUCACGCACCCCGGCGCGACUGGCGGAGAGGGCGCGAACCUGACCCGGUCGUCGACGGUCGCGAGCGUGGAGAGCAAGAAGACGGCGAGCGACAGGAGCUCGAGCCUCAGGCGCACGCCGAAGGACACGCUCGACCGGGAGUUCAUCGAGACGGGGAUCGACGCGUUGCGCAGGCUCAGCACGGCGGAGGUCUCGCUGCCCAGCUGGACGAUCACGCGCUACGAGGUGGACCGGGAGCAGAAGAUGGGAUUGGGUUCUUCUCGGAUGUGUACAAGGCUCUUCAUCCACGAGGUUAACAUUUGGAAGUCGCUGUCACACCCGAACGUGCUGGAGCUUCUCGGUGCUUCCUCGACUUCCAGCGAGCCGCCAUGGUUCUUCGUGAGCCCGUACAUGAAGAACGGAAGCCUCGUAUCGUACCUGAAGGGCCUUCCCAGCCUUGACUCCGUGGAUCUGCUUAAGAUGAUCCACGAGAUCGCGAAGGGCAUGGCGUACCUGCACAGCAAGGGUGUUCUGCACGGCGAUCUGAAGGGCGCCAACGUGCUCGUCGACGACCGAGGACACUGUGUCAUCUCUGACUUCGGCCAGAGUGAGAUCAAGUCUGAGGUGUACCGCUUAAGUGGGACACCGACACCGCACGGCACCCUCCGGUGGCAGGCGCCAGAGCUUAUGGCUGGCCAGAGCGAGUUGACGCAGCAGAUCGACGUUUAUGCAGGAGAACAUGCGCCGGAGAUCCCUGUUCUCAACCAGAAGUGGACGCCGCUUUUGGCUGAGAUCAUGGGGACGUGCUGGCGGCGCGACGCCCCUGGACGGCCGUCUUUUGCUAAGGUCGUUCAGGACAUCCAGCAGCUCCGCCAGCGUGUAGGCGGCGACAUCAAGGACUCGCCACGUCCCCCGCACCAUGAGCUGCCCGACGAGCGUAAGUCCCCCGAUAUGCAUCCCAUCCCACUGCCACCACUCCCUCCUGACACGACGGCGACGUUCGUUGAGGGCAACUCGCUCUCCUCAGAAGCCUCGUACCAGACCGCCCGUGGGACGUCGCCUGCGCCGUCGGAGCCCGCACCUAGCUAUGUUGAGCACUUGCUCCCGUCCCCGGACUUUAGCCGGCGGUCUUCGCUGGGCCUGUCAGAUACGGACGACUCUCGUUCAGAUUCGGCCGUCAUGCUGGACCCGCCUGGAUAUCAGUCGCCCCCGCCCCUCGAUGAGCACAAUGCCGAGUUGAGGGAUGAGCGGCGAUAUAGGAUGCUCCUUCAGCACGAGUUCCACCCCUCACUGUCUCUUCCCCUGUGGACUCCAAGCCAUGUACCCCUUGGUGCGGUGGGGUACCUAUCGAAGCCGGAUGGCAAGUUCGUCAUGCUGUUCAACGCGUUCAAGCCGCUAGACUCGUCCGGCGGCCGCACCGGCAACAUGGCCUCCAUCGACGGCUACGGGCGGGUCACCACGGGGACGCAGAAGUCCGACAAGCGGAACGUCGCGCAGCGCGGGAUCGACAUGAUCCAGUCGUGGAUCACCUCGAAGAGCAAUCAGCCGCCGACGACCGUGAGCCGGCGCUACUCGUCGCCGAUGCGUGCGGGCCACAAAACGGCCCAUCUGUUCACGGAGUCGACGGCGUACCGCUACAUGGACGACCUUGGCGCGCCGAAGCGGUGGUUCAAGGCGAACGUGGAUGCGAUCCUGAAGGAGUACGGAGAUGAGCACUGCAUCCGCCGGGAAGACCUGUUUCUGGUUAUCGGGACGCUGGAGGCCCAAGACUACGCGCUUUAUGUCAGCCAUAGCCACCCAGACGGCCAGUUGAACUUUAACGUUUACUCCUCACCUCGGGCGGGCCAGCCGUGGGGGCACUUCAGCACGACGACGGACUUAUCCUCGUCGAUGGUCGGCGGGCCGGUGUACGACGAGCCAGACGGGAACCCGCUAGACGUCAGCGCUAACAAGGUAUCGGAUGUUGGACGGGGUGGUAAGUGGGACGCGGUGCUUCUCGCGAGGCUGCGCUUCACUACGGAUGGGGUUGACCCGACUUCUAAGUGA